GAGACUUGUUGGUAUAAAAGCUCCCUCUCUCACUCGCACUCCCAUAUCUCCUGUGUAUUUUUUUGGGGGGGGUGUGCAUGCGUGUGUGCGCACGUGUGUGUUUAAAAGACAAGAGGAGUGUGCCCUUGCAGUACAGAGGACCGAUAUCUCCCCAGGAUGCAUCAGCUGCUUGUGGUGGCCUCAGUGCUGGUGGCACUCUGCUCUCUAGGGAGCGUGGAUUCUUCAGCCUACGACAAGAUAGUCACCCACAGUCGCAUACGGGCGAGGAAGGAAGGACCCAAUGUGUGCGCUCUGCAGCAGGUCCUCGGGACUAAAAAGAAGUACUUCAGCACAUGCAGGAACUGGUACAAAGGCUCCAUCUGCGGCAAGAAGGCCGUGGUCCUUUAUGAGUGCUGUCCUGGGUACAUGAAGCUGGAGGGCAUGAGAGGAUGCCCUGCAGUGGCUCCCAUUGAUAAUGUUUACGGUACGCUGGGGCUCGUAAAGUCUACAGCCACACAGCAAUACGCUGACAUGUCAAAGCUGAGAGAGGAAAUUGAAGGCAAAGGCUCCUUCACCAUGUUUGCACCAAGCAAUGAAGCCUGGGAUCUGCUGGACCCUAGUGUACGUUCUGCUCUGGAGAGCAACGUAAACAUCGAGCUGUACAACGCUCUUCACUUCCACAUGGUGAACCGCCGUCUUCUGACCAAAGACCUGAAGAAUGACAUGACUGUCACCUCCAUGUACAACGACCUGGGGCUCUACAUAAACCACUACUCAAAUGGGAUCGUGACAGUGAACUGUGCCAGGAUCAUCCAUGGUAACCAAGUGGCCACAAACGGCGUGGUGCAUGUCAUUGAUCGGGUCAUCAGCGCCGUGGGCAACACCAUCAAGGAAGUCCUGGAUGUCAACGAUGAUCUCUCCUCCUUCAGUGCUGCGGUGUUGGCUGCUGGCAUGAUGGACAAGCUGGACCAGCCUGGCCACUAUACUCUGUUUGCCCCCACUGAUGAAGCCUUUGACAGACUGACUCCAGGUUAUCUGGAGCGCAUCAUGGAAGAUAAGGAUGUUAUUGCAGCCCUGGUGAACUACCACCUGCUGAACAGCGUCCAGUGUUCAGAGGCCAUCAUGGCGGGGUCAGUGUAUGAGACCGCAGAGGGCAGCACCAUAGAGAUCGGCUGCGACGGAGACAGUCUGACGGUGAACGGCAUCAAGAUGGUGCUGAAGAAGGACAUCGUCACCACCAACGGCGUCAUCCACCUCAUUGACCAGGUGCUCAUCCCUGACUCAGCCAAGGAAGGGAUGGACCUGAUGGGAAGCUCCCAGAGCACUUUCAGCGACAUGGUGUCCGAACUAGGCUUAGCUGCUGCCAUGGGUCCAAAGACAGAGUACACACUGCUUGCUCCUGUCAACGCUGCCUUCACUAACGAAGUGAUGACAACAGAGCAGAGCCGUCUGAGGACCAUCUUGGAAAACCACAUCUUGAAACUGAAAAUAACACUGAGCGAGCUCUACAACGGACAGCUGCUGGAAACGCUGGCUGGCAAACUGCUCCGAGUCUUCAUUUACCGCACUGCUGUGUGCAUAGAAAAUUCAUGUAUGGUGCGUGGCAGUAAAGAGGGAAGCAAUGGUGCCCUCCACGUUAUGAAGUCCCUCAUCAAACCUGCAGAGAAAACAAUAUACGAGCUCCUGAUUGCUGACGGACGAUUCAAGAUUUUCCUGUCGCUGAUGGAGACAGCAGGUCUGACUGAUCUGCUGAAGCAGGAAGGCUCCUACACCAUCUUUGCACCAACUGACGAUGCCUUUGAUGGUCUCAGUAAAGAGGACUUUGCUCUGCUCAAAAGUGAUCUGAAUGCUCUGAGGAUCAUUCUGCUGUACCACUUCAGCAAUGGCGUCUUCAUCAAUGGAGGAUUAGAGGGAGGAGUAACCAAUCUGCUCAAAACACUCCAGGGCAACAACCUGCAAGUUAUGUCUGUCAACAACUCUAUCCACGUCAACUCUGUGGAUGUGCCAGACAGUGACCUGAUGGCAACAAACGGCGUGAUCCACGUGGUGAAGAAUGUUCUCUAUCCCGCCGACCUUCCUGUGGGCCGCCAGGACCUCCUGGUCCUCCUGAAGAAGCUGAUUAAGUACAUCCAGAUAAAGUUUGUUUAUGGAUUUUCUUAUGCUGAGAUCCCUCUGACCUUCCUCAAGAGGACCAUCACAACCACACAUUACAUUGAGACAGUUCCUGCUAUAGAAAAGGUAACAAGAGUCAUCGAGACAGAGCCAACAGUCACUAAGGUCGUCAUUGAGGGGGAGCCAAUCAUCACCAAAGUAACCAGGGUCAUUGAGGGAGAUCCUUCAGUCACAAAAGUAACCAGAGUCAUCGAGGGAGAUCCUUCGGUCACAAAAGUAACCAGGGUCAUCGAGGGAGAUCCUUCGGUCACAAAAGUAACCAGGGUCAUCGAGGGAGAUCCUUCGGUCACCAAAGUGACCAGGGUCAUUGAGGGAGAUCCUUCAUUCACAAAAGUGACCAGGGUCAUCGAAGGAGAUCCUUCAUUCACAAAAGUAACCAGGGUCAUCGAGGGAGAUCCUUCAUUCACAAAAGUAACCAGGGUCAUCGAGGGAGAUCCUUCAUUCACAAAAGUAACCAGAGUUAUUGGAGGUAGAGAUCGCGGAGCAGAUGGACAGACGGUUACAGGUGGAUCCAGAUACACCACGGAGAACGAACCUUAUAUCAUUGAGGGCCCGGACUUCUCUAAGAUUACCACCAUCCACAGCAACCCAAACCUGAUCGAUGAGGAAUCCGAGAGAAUUACCAAAAUCAUUAAAGAGGGGGGUAGAUUCGCUGCUGCCAGGAGAGCUCCAGCUGGAAUGAGAAGGAGAGCAAGGCUGGUCAGGCGUCACCACAAGCCAAGGGAGUGAAUCAAACAGGGGGGAAACACCUUCGGGCUCACCGCAGAGACUGAAUGCAUCUCAAGUGCUCCUGGUCGAGCACUGGAGGGUUGAGAAACUGUGGACCAAUAGAGAGAGAUCGAAUCAGUCUAGCUAUUCCUUUGUUCAAACCCCCAAUAAGGAUGAUUGUUUACUACACCAUCUGAACCAUACUGUAUGUGAUAGGCAUGAUGUGUAAUAGCAAUGCAAUGAAAUUAGAAUACCCUCCAUGUAAGUAAUGUCAGUAUGAAAGGGAAACCAGAACUUUUGACGUGGGGUAGACGGUGGUUAGGUGAGAUAUAUUCUACCACUGAGAGACUUUUCUUUAAAUGUUUGCUUUUUUUUAACAUGUGAUGUUGUAAACAGAUGGCUUGGGAAGAUUUUUGUAUACUUUUUAUGGUGCUUGCAUUCUGUACGAUGGAUGCAUUUUAUUGAAUACGAAAAAUGAAACAGUGUCAAACAGUGUUUUGCUACCAUUAGAUGCGUACUGUAUCUCUGUAAAUUAUCACAUGGUAAUAAAAAAUACAGUGAAUUUU